GGCGGACUGCGCUCACACACACACACACACACACAGCUGACGAUGGCAGAGAACAAGAUGGGCCCGAACCUCCAGGCUGGAGCCGGAUUCUUAGCCAAAAGGGUCCAGAAGUCUUUGAAUCGAGCUCAGGAGAAGGUCCUUCAGAAACUGGGCAAAACCAUGGAAACCAAGGACGAACAGUUUGAGCUCUGUUUCCAGAACCUAAACAAACAACAGCUCGACGGAGGCAGGUUGUUUAAAGACGUCAGAGCCUACUAUGCAGCGGUGAAAGCCAUGCACGAGACUUCCAAGAGGCUCUCCCAGACGUUGCGAGAAAUUUACGAACCGGAUUGGAACGGAGUGGAGGACCUCGCUGUUAUUACAGAAAGUGAAGACUUGCUCUGGAACGACUAUGAGGAGAAACUAAGUGACCAGAUAGUUCGCACCAUGGAGAACUAUACAAGCCAGUUCCCUGAAGUCAAGGAACGAGUAGCUAAGCGCGGCCGCAAACUGGUGGACUACGAUUCAGCACGACAUCACCUGGAGGCUCUGCAGAGUGCCAAGAAAAAGGAUGAAGCCAAAAUAGCUAAGGCAGAAGAGGAGUUCAACAAAUCCCAGAAUGUCUUUGAAGAAAUAAAUAACGAGCUGAGAGAGGAGCUGCCUGUUCUCUACCAGAGUCGGAUAGGUUGCUACGUGACCGUCUUCCAAAACAUAUCCAACCUCAGAGACGUCUUCUAUAAAGAAAUGAGCGUGCUGAAUCAUGAGCUGUACAAUGUGAUGAAGAAACUGGAGACUCAGCACUCGGGCAAAAAUUUCAUCAUCAAGGGUCUGAACAGUGCCACAACAAGCAAGUCAAAGAAGAGGAAGUCCCUGGUUAUCUCCAAUCCCAUCCCCUGCAACACAGCUUUCCCCGCCGACCACGUCUCCAUCCAUUCCAAUGGAAAAGACGCUGCGCCCUCGUCCCCUGUCCAACGGACUCAAAGCAUCUCUGAAGAAAGCAACCCGCCAGAAGAGAGCAGUGCCGCAUCUAAGAGUGUCAGCUCAUCAGAUUCUGACCUCAGCUCCGUCGGCACCAACACACCCAAGAGGCAGUCGGUGUGUGACAACGAGGGCAGUGACGGGAGCAGCGAAAGUCGAGGUCCAGAGGAAGCAGCGGCUGCAGCUGAGGAAGAAGCAGAGCUCGCUACAAACCAGUCGGAUGACUCGGGGGUGGGAGUGCUGAAGUCAGAGGCUGCAAGUCAGGAAGCAAGUAGUCCGUCUGAUUCUGGAGAUAGCAACGCCCCACAGAGUCCUGAACAAGAUGCUGUGAAUGAUUCACCAUCAGAGGAGGCCAAGACCAAACCUCCACCGGUUCCAGCCCCUCGCCGAUCUUUCCGGUCCACAGAAAGACCUUUACUUGCUGAUCAGAAAGAGGGGAUGGAGGAAACAUCUUCAAAUCCUGAGUCAGAAGAAGACUCCAGUUCCCACAAUCCACCAGGCUUUCUAUAUAAGGGGGUGGCGCUAGAGAGCCAUGCAGCGUCUGACGAAGGCCUGCUGCAGUUUGAACAGGGAGACGUCAUCCUGGUGCUCGCCAGCACACUAGAGCAGGAAGGCGUGGUGACGGGGAUCAGGGAGGAGAGCUGGAACCAGCACCGGGAUCUAGAAAAUCACUCGGGGACCUUCUCGGAAAAGCUCAUCCAGCCCGUUCAGGAAGAAUGAGCCAAUAGUCACUCCUCGGUCUGUCACACGUUGUUUCUUCUGACAUGCAGUUAGGGUGACUCACACACACACACACACACACACACACACACAUACACACACACACACACACACACAUAGAGGAAGUGAACACACAUGUUUUGGGCGCAGAAGCUGAACAAACAAAUGAGCACAAGUCCCACGUGUUACGAUGUCGCAACUUGUGGAACAAAUGCUUUUGAGCUGCAGGACAUUUUGUAAGAGAUGUUUGGAAAUUCUACAGUAUUUUUUUUGUUCUUUUUUUUGUGUGUAUGUUUUUAAAAUCCCUCCAUUAGACACUGUGAAACAAAAAAAAAUCUUUUUAAGCUGAUAUUAUAAUCGUGUGUAAAAUUUCCUAAUAAAGUUCAAAAUAAACGAAGA